AUGGACACCAUCUCUAUGAUGGGCAGCAGCAGGAGCCAUGUAUUCCUCACAGCCUCCUCCUCCCACCACCUCCACCAUACCCAGGCCUGUUUCCUCCCCAAGGGCAUGAAGAAUGGAGUUGGAGUAGGAGACAUAGGCACCGCUUGUCUGCCUGCCCAGCCCACAGUUGCCAUCCUGGGCUCAGGUGACUUCUCGAAGUGCCUGACCAUCCGCCUGCUGCGCUGUGGUUUCCAUGUGGUGGUGGGCAGCCGCCAUCCCAAACUGGCAGCCCAGUCAUUUCCCCAUGUAGUGGAUGUGACACACUAUGAAGAUGCUGUGGGGAAGGCCAGUAUUGUGUUCCUAGCAAUCCGCCGUGAGCACUACUCUGUCCUGUGGGACCUGAAACAUUUACUUGAAGGAAAGAUCCUAGUGGAUGUGAGUAACAACAGGAGGUUGAACCAGUAUCCAGAGUCUAACGCCGAGUAUCUGGCUUCACUGCUCCCAGACUCCGUCGUGGUCAAAGGCUUCAAUGGCAUCUCAGCUUGGGCCAUGCAGCAGAGCUGCCCCAAAGAUGCCAGUACACAGGUGUUCAUCUCCAGUGACUCGGUGGAGGCUCGACAGCAGAUUAUGGAGUUAGCCCGCCAGCUCAACUUCCAUCCUGUGGAUAUGGGCACCCUGUCUUCUUCACGGGACAUUGAGAACAUGCCCAUACAGUUAUUUUCCGGCUGGAAGGGCCCUGUCCUCGCUGCCGUGGCCCUCUCCAUCUUCUUUUUUGCUUACUCUUUUGUACGAGAUAUCAUCCACCCAUAUGUGAAAUACAAGCAGAGUGACUUCUACAAGAUCCCCAUAGAGGUGGUGAACCGGACAUUGCCCACUGUCGCUAUCACUCUCUUGGCCCUGGUGUACCUGGCAGGCCAGCUGGCAGCCGCUCACCAGCUCUACUAUGGUACCAAGUACAGGCAUUUCCCACAUUGGCUGGAGAGCUGGCUGCAGAGCCGGAAACAAAUGGGCCUCCUCAGCUUCUUCCUGGCUGCUGUCCAUGUUCUCUACAGCCUCUGUCUGCCCAUGAGGAGGUCUGAGAGGUACCUACUGCUCAACACCGCCUACCAGCAGAUCCAUGCUAAUGUGGAGAAUUCUUGGAAUGAGGAGGAGGUGUGGAGGGUGGAGAUGUACGUUUCCUUUGGGAUCAUGAGUCUUGGGCUCCUGUCACUCCUGGCCAUCACCUCCAUUCCAUCUGUCCACAGCAUGCUCAACUGGAGGGAAUUCAGCUUCAUACAGUCCACUCUGGGCUACGUUGCCCUGGUCAUUGCUACCUUCCACUGUCUGCUGUUUGGCUGGAAGCGAGCGUUUGAGGAGGAAGCCUACCGUUUCUACCUGCCCCCCAGCUUUGUGGUGGCCCUAGCCCUGCCAGUGUGUGUAAUACUGGGAAAGGUGCUAUUGCUGCUCCCCUGUGUUGCCCGAAAGCUCAAUCGCAUCCGGCGGGGCCUGGACAGCAGUCAGUACCGGUUUCAGCGCCUUGAGCCAGUGGGCUCAGCUACCCACGUUUCACCUGAGAGAGUCACCAUCAUGUAAUCACUGCAGCAUAGAGCUGUCUGCCCCUUAACUGGGAUUUUCACAUAUUGUAUACUGCCAUGUGCCAAGCUGUUUUAUUGAAGCAAAUAAACACUAUUUUUAGUCAUGCGAUUCUCACUCAAAGGGCAAAUUAAUCUUACUUUGUUACUGUGAUCAGUUUUUUGCUGACAUGUGAUUUGUGUACUUGUGUACCUAUUAACUGUAACUUUUCCCUAUAACUACGGACCUUGUAUGAUUAUUAUGUUGUUUGCCCAGAGUGUAAAACUGAAUAUUCUUUCAGUAUAUUCAGUAUCUUGUCAUUAUGCUCCAAGUACUUUGCCAAUAUUUCACCAAUACUUUGUUCCUCUCCUUUUGUUCUGGCAGACAUUACAUUGAGAUACUGAGUGUUGGUCAUUACUGUAAAUACAGGGAGGUCCACCAAUUUUACAGGAGUAAACGUCAUAAACGUCAUUUUACUAGUUCUACUCAGCUUGUGAAAGCAGUAGUAUAAUUGUAUAGGAAGUCUGAGAAAAUAACCCCAAUCAUAUCGUAGUGAUCACUAAGGGUAGAGACAAGCAAUUUAAAACAGAAAGUCUGCAUUUUAAAACUUGGGGAAUGGGCUUUAAAAGAUAUAGGUGGUCACCGGGCAUGGAUGGUCUAAUGAAAAGACGCUACUGAGUUGCAUUAUGGGAAGUGUUUGAUCCAGAGUUUUUGACCCAUACUGGGGACUAAAAGUAGGGACAUCUUGGCUUCUGCUGCAAAGAUUUUUUCCAUUUUUUUAAGUCUGUCUCUUGUGAGUCUCCCAACUUCAUAGAAGUGCAGUACUAAAUUGCUGUAGUACCCCCAUAAUUACGUACAGUAUUUCUGCUUGAAGGUUGAAAAAUGUCUUUUUAGUAAUGUUUUUAUUCUUACAACUAAAUUAUACUGAAUCAGCAGGUGUAAGUGACAUUGAACAAAUCUAGUUACUAUUAUCUCUUUCAGUGUUUGAAAUUGUUCUCAUUUUUGGUGACAAUGUCACACUGUCAACAAAUGUUUUGAGGUAUUUGCUGAUCCUGCAAUAUCACUGUUAUUUGUUGUUUGUAUAACAUUUGGGCUGAUAUGAAUCUCUUCUGCUCAAGAUGCCCUUUCGUCCUGAGUAUAGUAUGUCACAAAAAUGCUGCUGUUUCCUACAGCAGAAAGAUGAUAAGUGAACUAAUCAGUUAAUUCAUUUAAUUGAGUUCACCAAAAAUGAAUUUUCUCACUCUCCUUCCAUGAGCUGACAAAAACUUCUUUCACUUGCAUUAUCAUGUAGCGGUAAUAUAAUUGUAACAGGAAAUAAAGUAAAAUGUGAUGUUCACUGUGAUGGAUCACCUA